AUGACCCGUUGUGGUCACAAAGCAAAUAAACCGAGUCAUUCUGCUCGAUGGCCAUUGCGCCAAAUGAAAAGUGACAAAAGUCAAAUGGUUACCGGGCUGAUAAGUGGUGAUUGUAGUUCACAAGAUCAUGAUAAGGCUUUGACAAGUUAUUCUUCUGAGAAAAUUGAAAAUCAUAGUGUAACUAUUUCUGAAAAUGUUGAAGUUCGUAAGAAAAGAGUGAAUUGUCAGAGGAAAAGGGACAGGGAACCAUCUCGCGUUCCUGUUAAAAUAAUUCUAAAGGCACUAAGUAAUACGAAGUCUAGGAAUAGAAUCAAGUCUUUUGUAAGACAACAUCUUCCAGACAGUUCUUUUAUCACUAAUUUAUGUAGAAAUUACAACACCUGGAAAUUCUGGUAUACCAAUGAUCAUUAUUAUAGUAAAUUUGUUUUUUACAUGAACAUACAGAAAAGAAAAUUUACAACAACAGAUAACUAUUCUACAUGUAACUGUAGACAAACACAUAUCCGUGUGGCAGAUUUAAUGAAUUCUGGUGGAAAAAGCUUUCCUCAAACUCAUAAUGAUAAUUCAAAAUUAAAUGGAGCUAUGUCUCCUGAGAAUGCUGUUAGUCAUGAUUUACCAUGGGAUUGUUUAACUGAAAGGCUUCGUCUCAUAGGACUUAUACCACAUGAUGUAGGUGGAUUUGGGGAUUGUUUCUUUAAAUCAGUUUCGCACCAACUGUAUAGGACUGCUGACUUGCAUCUUGAAAUUCGUAUGGCUGGAAUUGGCCAUUUACAGAGUUACCCAGAAUUGUAUAUUGAAAGCAUUUCUAAUGAUCACUGGAAUAACUAUAUUCAACAAAUGUCAAAACAAGGCACAUGGUGUGAUAACAUCAUAAUGCAAGCUGUAUUAAUGCAUACAACUGUGUCAUUCAUAUCACACAGUCUAAUAUAA